AAACACACUAACUAACCAACCUCCGGGAGGCAGGGCUUAACGCUGCGUCCAAGAUGGCGGUUAUCUCCAUUGAAAGGAUGGGGCUGCUGUCUGUGGUCUGCGUGUCUCUGCUUUUUAGCAGCGCCUUUGCUGUGGACCGGGGAAACUUUAAAACCUGUGAUCAGAGUGCCUUCUGCAAACGUCAGCGGUCGCUCAAACCGGGCCAGUCUCCAUACCGGGCCCUUUUGGACACUUUGGAGCUCAGUGACUCCAGAAUGACUCUUCAGCUCAUCAAUGAAAACAACAAGGUGCAUUUGCUGUUGGAGCUCUACAGACUGCAGGGCAACAUGACACGGGUGAAAAUAAAUGAGCUGAAACCUCUGAAGCCUCGCUUUGAGGUGCCAGACGUGCUCAUAGCAGAGCCUCCUACAGAGCCUCUCUCACUGUUGUCUAAGGAUGACAACGGUGUCGUGCUGUCUCUGGGAGCAGAUAGCCAGAGGUUGAUAGUCAGUGCAAGGCCCUUCAGGCUGGACAUUAUGGAGGGGCCAGAAGUGCUGUUGUCACUCAACUCUCGUGGCCUGCUGGCCUUUGAGCACCUGCGGCUGCGCAAGGACACGCAAACACAACCUGAUGGUGCAGAAGUUAAAGACAACGUGGAUGAAGCUCAACAGCAAGAGGAUGGAGACAAGGCGGAGGAGGGAGAGAGUGAUAAAGAGGAGGACGGUCUGUGGGAGGAAACAUUUAAAUCCCAUACAGAUACUAAACCAAACGGCCCCACAUCCAUAAGUUUAGACUUCUCCUUGCCUGGUGUAGAACAUGUGUAUGGAAUUCCCGAACAUGCUGACAACCUAAAACUCAAAACUACAGAUGGAGGAGACCCAUAUAGGCUGUAUAACCUAGAUGUGUUUCAGUAUGAGCUCUAUAACCCUAUGGCUUUAUAUGGAUCAGUGCCUGUCAUGCUGGCCCAUAACACACAGAGAACUUUGGGCAUUUUCUGGCUUAAUGCAGCUGAGACCUGGGUAGACAUUAGCUCCAAUACAGCCGGAAAGACGGUUUUUGGUAAGAUGCUAGACUUUGUCCAAGGCUCCAGCGAGACGCCACAGACUGACCUUCGCUGGAUCUCUGAGAGUGGCAUUAUCGACGUCUUCAUCAUGCUUGGACCAAAACCUGCAGAUGUCUUCUCACAAUAUGCCUCUCUCACAGGCACCCAGUCGUUCCCUCCCCUCGCCAGUCUGGCCUAUCAUCAAUGCCGCUGGAAUUAUAAUGACCAGGAGGAUGUGCAGUCAGUGGACCAGGGUUUUGACAAACAUGACAUCCCUUAUGACUUCAUAUGGCUUGACAUUGAGCAUACCGAUGGCAAGCGUUACUUUACCUGGGACCCCCACAAGUUCUCUGAGCCUAAAGACAUGCUGCAGGGUCUCUUGUCCAAAAAACGGAAGAUGGUGACUAUAGUAGAUCCUCACAUCAAAGUUGAUAGUGGCUACAAGAUCCACAAUGAGAUUACUUCUAAAGACUUUUAUACUAAAAGCAAAGAUGGUGGGAAUUACGAAGGCUGGUGCUGGCCAGGAAACUCUGGUUACCCAGAUUUUACAAAGCCUGAGAUGCGAGCCUGGUGGGCCAGCAUGUUUUCCUAUGAUCAGUAUGAGGGCUCAAUGGAGAACCUCUAUACUUGGAAUGACAUGAAUGAGCCUUCAGUGUUCAAUGGCCCAGAGGUCACCAUGCACAAAGAUGCUCUCCAUGGAUCUUGGGAACACCGAGACGUACACAAUUUGUAUGGAUUAUAUGUGCAAAUGGCGACUGCCGAGGGUCAGACUCAGCGAUCUGGUGGAGUCGAGAGGCCAUUUGUGCUGACUAGAGCUUUCUUCGCUGGCUCUCAGAGAUAUGGAGCUGUCUGGACUGGUGAUAAUGCGGCUGAGUGGGACCAUCUCAAGAUUUCUAUUCCCAUGUGUCUUAGUCUUGGACUUGUUGGCAUCUCUUUUAGUGGAGCUGACGUUGGUGGCUUUUUUAAGAAUCCCAGCACUGAACUGCUGGUUCGCUGGUACCAGACAGGUGCGUAUCAGCCGUUCUUCCGCGCUCAUGCCCAUCUAGACACGCCACGAAGGGAACCUUGGCUCUUUGGCCCAGAAAACAUGGCUCUUAUCCGGGAGGCAGUCCGCCAACGAUAUGCCCUGCUACCAUACUGGUACCAGCUCUUCUACCAUGCGCACAAAACUGGAAUGCCAGUUAUGAGACCUCUGUGGGUUGAUUAUCCCAAGGACACGGCUACAUUCACAAUUGAUGAUGAGUUCCUUCUUGGGAGAGAUUUGUUGGUUCACCCAGUCACAGAGGAGGGGGCUCGUGGAGUCACAGCCUACCUGCCUGGAGCUGGAGAAGUUUGGUAUGAUGUACACACUUUCCAGAAGCACAAUGGCGCACAAAAUCUCUACAUUCCAGUUACCCUUGGCUCUAUUCCAGUGUUCCAGCGUGGUGGGUCUAUCAUCCCUAGGAAGAACAGAGUUCGAAGAUCAUCUGCAUGUAUGGAAAAUGACCCGUACACCUUGUAUGUGGCACUUAGUCCUCAGAAAUAUGCUGAAGGAGAGCUCUACAUUGAUGAUGGCCAUACUUUUAACUACAAUGAAAAGAAAGAAUUGAUUCAUCGGAGACUCACUUUUGCCAACAAGGCUCUCACAUCUAGCAACCUGUGCCCAGACUGUAACUUCUCAACUCUUUCAUGGAUUGAGAAAGUUCUCAUUCUGGGGUCCAGCAAGCCCAGCAAGGUUCUUCUUAAAAUGAAUGGCAAAGAAACCCCCGUGGAGUUUGAGUUUGACACCUCUAUGUCGGUGUUAACCCUUCGUAAACCUGGCAUGAAUGCUGGGGCCGACUGGACCAUUCUGCUGCAGUAGCUUGGAGGAUCUUCACCACAGCUGGGGACCAGAUGAGAUAGAAAAACACCCAAAAGGAGAAUUGUAUCAUUCAUAAACACUCAAACAAAUUGAGCACACACACAGAAACAUGACAAUUCAGAAGCAAACAAGUGGUGUUUUGUUAAAAAAAAAAAACUGGCAGGGUCAGACAGUAAAUGUCAUUUCCAUUUUAAAUGUCGUAAAAUCACCAGACAAAUGCUUUGUUUAUCAUUUUAUCCAGUGAAAGUAGAGUUAAAUAAACUGAACCAUCAUACAAGGUGUAAAUCUGAGAUUAGAUGAGAUUUAAAUGCUUACAGUGCACACUGAUAAUCAUUAUUCAAGAUAAUCGGUCCUGAACAGAUCCUUCAUUUUCAACCACAAGAUAAGGGCACCAGUUUCCCAAAUCUUUAUGCACUUAUGCAUUUUAAUUGAUUGAAAUGGAUCUCACUGGAGAGUGUUUAGGAGCUGUAGAUUCUCAUGGAUUAGCAAAAGUGAAGGAUAUUUGGGCUAGGAUUUUUUUUUUCAGGGUAAUACACCACUGGAUUUGUGGAAUAGUUUUUCCAUGUUUAGAUUUUUUUGUUUCUUAGUGCACUUAUUUUGGGUUUGGGGGGAAACAGUGUAGUGUUUUGUUUUGAGCCAGCCAAACAGAAUGUUACGGUCAAGCACUUAUAAUUAUUCCAGACUAAUAUGCUGUGAUGGCAAUGAUGAUGUGUGAAGUUAAUCAUUGUUAUCCGCUGUAAAAUUUUGAACAUCUUGUCCAAAUGAUUGAAGGUAAUAUGUUUUCAAAUUUUUCCAUCUCUGAGGGCAGCAUUCCCGCUCAACCAUUUCAUGUGACUUGUGUUACUGAUUUUUCCAUUUAUAGUUUAAUUUUUUAAUUGAGACCCUGGAAGCUCUGAAAAUUAGAGACUAAAUACAAAGUCUAUUGGAGUUUUGAUAAAUGGGUGUUAAAAUGAGAUGGUAAUAAAGAUUAACUGUACAUUCCC